CACGCGCGCGCGCGCAUUCUCGGUUUUCGUUUGAUCCAAAUUGACACUCGUGUGUACACACGCACACACACAGACACUUAGAAAUGCAGACACGUACACACGCACACACAAAUACUCACUCAUUCUUUUACCCCCACCCCCACAUGUGGAUUAAAAAAAAAAAAAUUAUCCAAACUGUUUUAAUCGUAAUUAACGUGGAUGUUGCAACGAAUAUCAAAGUCCAAGAUACUGUUGUUGUAUUUUGUAUUAUUCAGACAUCGUUUUCUCCUGGUAACAAAGGAUUGUGCUUAAAUAACAAACACAGUGAUGUUUCGGUCGAUGACGCAUGGGAAAUACAUAACAAAAAAACAUAUAUGUAUAUAUAUUUAUGUAUAUAUAAUCAACCAUAGAGUUAAACCAGUGCAUCGGUUAAUAUUGGCAUAAUGACUCUCUACAGACACAACAAAAUGAUAAACUUACGAAGAUUUCUCUUAAACAAUUUGUCGUGUCGGUGCCUCCUUCGUCGUUACAUAUUUUUCUGCAUUCUGUUUUGCGGUUUAUUGUUGUUGAUAUAUAACUUCCGAUGGCAAGGCACUCAAGGGUUUUCUCAGAUGACUUCUCUGAUGGUGAAGUCAAAUUUUACAGCAAUCGGACUUCUAGUAAGCACCAAAUUUUGCCAUAUUCCAGAUAUAGACCCGUUUGAAUCAUCAGUGAAAACGUACUUUAGUGUUAGCUUCUGGAAACCGUGUGCCGAACCUCAUUCUCUUACUUAUCAAAAUGGUUCAAUCUUAAGAUUAAACCAUUCGUUAAUAAAGUACAAGCACGGAGGAAACUUCAAUUGUUGUAAAGUCGUUCCUAUUCGUAGACUGGAUAAAGAUGAUCACUCGUUUGAAUAUCUUCCUGCAGAUACACUCUUUAAUAAUGACAUAAAAAUAAAAGACGAAUUUAUUAAAGUUCAAUGCUAUGGGCUAAAAAAUGACUUGAUCUAUACAAAUUUUCAUGCUUUUAUUCAUAAAAAAACCAUCAAGCCCAAAGAAAAUGUUCUGACCACAAGAAUUGAAACAAUGUUAACAAAAAUUAACAAAAACUCUAAAAAAACAACUGUCUCUAGUUUAAAGACUACUCUGAAGGCAACACCGACCACUUCGGUUGUAAAGAACCCCGUUAAUAUUCUUCUAGUUGGUAUUGAUUCCAUGUCACGCUUAAAUUUUUUGCGACAAAUGCAAAUGACACAUCGUUAUAUAUUAAAAUUGGGUGCCAUUGGCAUGCUGGGCUACAAUAAAGUUGCGGAUAAUACAUUUGUGAACUUGAUCCCUUUACUUACAGGUAAGUAUCUAGAAGAGCUUCCAUGGAACGAAACUCUGAGUGGAUUACCAUUAAAUAAAUACAAUUUCCUGUGGAAGCGAUAUAAGAAUCAUGGAUUUACUACUUUGUUUGCUGAGGACGACCCUCCUAUAGGGACGUUUAAUUAUCUAAAAUUUGGUUUCAAACAACAACCUACAGACCAUUAUUAUAGACCAUUUGCUCUCGCAAUGGAGGAGGAGAAAUCCGUCUGGACAAAAGACUGCGUUCGAGAUCGAACAGAAACAGGUAUAAUUCUCCAAUAUAUUUACGACUUUGCGAGAGUCUACAAGGACUCCCCAUAUUUUAGUUUAUCUUUUAUUGGGCGUCUCACCCACGACGACAUCAACAAAGCUGGUCGCUGUGACGCUGAAUAUUAUAAGUUUUUCAAGACGUUAAAUGAUGAACAGCUUCUUAAUAACACCCUUGUUGUGUUUUUUUCUGAUCACGGCAUCCGAUUCGGAUCAUUCCGCAAAACAUACGUAGGUCGACUCGAAGAGAGAUUGCCUUUCAUGUUUAUCAUCCCACCUCCUUUCUUCAAACAUCGCUACCCAAACCUUUUGAAUAACAUAAAAAUCAAUUCUCGCCGUCUCACAACACCAUUUGACAUUCAUGAAACGUUGGUAGAUGCCCUCCAUAUAGAGAAAGCCAAUUUGAAAUAUUCUACAGUGCAAAGAUAUUCUCCCGAAAAAAUGAAAAGCAUUAGUUUGUUCUCUCGAGUUCCGGAGGAAAGGUCUUGUAAACGUGCAACUAUUUUAUCUCAUUGGUGUGCCUGUCAUCAGACUACAGCAGUGACCACUAGUGACGAUACAGUUAUUUAUAUUGCUGAGCAACUAGUAAAGAUGAUUAACAAUUUAACAUCAGAAUAUAGAAACGUAUGCUCGAAAGUUCGGUUGAGUGAAAUAUCAGAAGCUUCGAUGAUCAAAGCCAACGAUGAGAUGAUGCGUUUCCAAUAUAGUCAUCAUGAUGUUAUUGACAGAUAUGUAGCCUACGGUGACUUAGCAGAACAAAGUUAUAUCGAUUAUCAGAUCACUAUUUCCACAUUGCCAGGCAAAGGGCUGUUCGACGCGACUGUCCGUUAUCAAAUCAAAGAUAAAUCAUGUACACUUGUUGGUGGCAUUAGUCGGACCAAUAAAUACGGCAGCCAUGGAAAUUGUAUUGCGAUACCUAAAUUACAACCUUUCUGCUAUUGUCACAAAAGCAAUUAAUCUAAAGUGAAGAAAGAAGUAUACAAACGCAGAAUGCAACAGUUACAGCGUCAAAAGAAUACAUUUUACUCUCGUGUGUAGUGAUGCUUAAUUAGAAAAACAAAGAUACUGCAACAAUAUAUUUAUUACAAAUUAUUAAGAAUACCUUCAUAUAAAAACUUAGAUUUUAAAACAUUUAAAAAUGUUUUAAAAGAAAUCGACGCUAAGACAUAAAACACAACUACAGUUAUAAAAUACCUUACUAAAGUAACUAAUCCAAAUAUGCCAACCAAUCAACAAAUUACUUUGAUAAACUACCAAAUGCAAUCUUAACAUAGACAUGCAUUGAAUGGUCCGCGGGUUGGAUUGCAUCGUAAAGCGCUACAUGGCUGUAAAAUAAUUUAAAACUUAAAAUUCAAAAAUAAAUAGUUAUUCAACUUGGUACCACUGACCAAUCAAGGAAAAUGAGGUACAAAAGAAAAAGCCAAAAUAACUCCUAAGAUCAAUUGAAUACCUUUUUUUAAACGAGGAUAAGUAUUCUCUUUAAAAGAAACGGAAGGAAAUUUCGAUUUGCUCAUGGUCAUGUUCCUCGGCACCAAAAUUUGUGAAGCAAUUGGUCUAUUCUCACUUAGUGAGUUUAAGGUAAUAAUGUGAUCCGUUUAGAGUUGAUGGACUAUAAUUAGGAAGAGCACGAUCAGAUGUACAGUCGAAGAAGUUUUUGAAACAUUCAAUAAAUUCAGAUAUUAGAAAGUAAUACUUAAUUUUGCUCAAAAUCACAAAUUCUUCUGGAAACUGAAUAGUGCUUCAUCAUUUGUAACCCUCAUU